CGCUUGGAUUUUGUUUAUUAGAAAUGUUUUAUACAAUUCAGGCUAAGGUCACAUAAUUUUAAAAAGAGCAUAUCGUCAGACCGGUGUUAACAUACAGAUAGAGAUUAGUUGCGCCAUGAAAUCCUUCAACUUGAUCGACAAUAUCAUGAAUCAAAUAAUGGUCUCAAGUGGUUAAUCAACAACGGUAGAGCGAGAAAGGGAGGCAUAACCAGUGGAUUUAUAAGUCCACUGAAUUCAAAUCCAGUGUGAACGCGUGAAUAUAUACACUUUCUUUUUUUCUUUUAGAAUUUAAAUAACAAAUGUACACUAGUAGGAUUUACUCUGCAGCAUAUUCUGGUGUGCCAGUGUUUGAAAUGAUUGUCAAUAGUGUUGCUGUCAUGCGUAGACGAAAUGAUUCCUACAUGAACGCAACUCAGAUUUUAAAAGUUGCCAACAUUGAUAAAGGAAGAAGAACCAAAAUCUUGGAAAGGGAAGUCUUGUCUGGUCAGCAUGAAAAGAUACAAGGUGGAUACGGAAAAUAUCAGGGAACAUGGAUUCCAUUUGAAAAGAGUAAAGAAUUGGCCGAAAGAUACAACGUCUAUGAACUAUUAAAACCACUGUUUGAAUUCGAUGUGAAUUCUACGCUUAUAGUCGACAAUCAAGAUACCUUGCCCACUAAAGAACAAGCUAUCGUAGCCUUAAGAAAACAAAAUGCUGAAAAUAUAAGCAAUUUACAGCAAUCCUCUUUAAAUAAUAGCCUCCCUAAAUUGGAAACCUCAAGUAACACUCAAGCAGUCGAGAAUGAAAAACCAAAGCAUACCCCUUCUCAUACUCAACCAGCAUCUCGCUUUCCAUCAGAGCAUCAGCAUUUACCUCAUAUUCGUCCACAAUUACAUACAUUACCCUCUCGUGAUGAAGAGGGGUCACCAGCGCGUAAGAAACCAAAGGCGAACACGGAUACAAUGUCGUCUCUGCCUAAUCCAGCAGAACUACGGAACACCACUGAAGAAAUGGCGACACAAAAGGAGGAUACAGCAAUAGAUGAACGUAGUCGCAGUAUUUUGAUGUCUAUCUUUUUAACUGAUAAUCCAGAACAUGUGCUAGACAUACUUCAAAACAGCGCAUCACCCUCUAAUAUUGAUAUGGUCAUUGAUGAAUCUGGUAACACCGCUCUUCAUUGGGCUGCUGCUUUAGCAAGAGUGAAGACGGUUGAGCAGCUUAUAGCAAGAGGAGCAAACAUAUCUUGUGCAAACUAUUCUGGCGAAACACCACUCAUGCGUAGUGUCCUAGUCACAAACAAUUUUGAAAACAGAACCUUUUCUGAAAUUUUAGAGCUGCUCAAAGGCUCUAUUACUACAGUUGAUAACAAAAGAAGAAGCGCAUUACAUCACGCAUGUCUUACAUCUGGUAUCUCAGGGCGUAGUAACGCUGCAAUUUAUUAUGUAGACUACCUUUUAAAGACUAUUACAAGCAAGGAAGAGCAUAAAUCUGUCAUUAAUAUGCAAGACUCAUUAGGUGAUACAGCUACUACAAUCGCAGCAAGAUUAAACAGUCAUGAAAUUCUCGAACUCUUAAUGAAAGCAGGCGCUACCAAAAUAACAGAAAAUAACGUUGGAUUAGCGUCAGAAGACUAUGAAGACGGGGGCUCACCGGCUCUUCAAAGCCAGCAAGCGGAAACACAGGACUACAAGGCAGGGCCAUCAGAUAUGUUUUCAUUCUCUAAAAAGACACACGGCCCAAGCCAAAGAGGCAAAGAAAUAGUCGCUACUGUACAAAAAAUUGUCGAUGCUCUUGAUGAAGAAUACGGGGCUCAGUUAGUGAGCAAAGAACAACAAUUAAAUUCUAUACAAAACGAACUUGAUGAUGUAAUGAAAGAGCUGGAUUCAACGCGUAAAGAAUUGGAAGAACGUCAAGUCCAAUCUCAAAAACUUUCUGAAGCACAACAAAAGACUCACAACAUAGAAACUGCGCUUGAAAAUGGGUGGGCACGUUUGGAAGAAACGAUGGAAAAGGCGGGAAAACAGAUGCCAAAUCGGAAUGAGAUCGACACCUUUGAUGAAAAUGAAGAUAUCGAUUCCUUAUUUAAUGUAAACAUAGAUAUAUCUGACGAUGCAACAGAAGAAGAGCAAAAGAACAAGAUGCAAGAACGUGUACGAAGACUUCGGGCUGUUGUUGAAGCAUACAGGAUCAAUGAUGGGUCAUUGAAAAAAGAGAUAGAAGAGAUCCAAACUCACUUUAUGGAAAAAGAGAUGCAGUGUAAACGAUUAAUAGCCGCUUGCUGUAAUCUUCCUAUAGAAAAGAUAGAUGACUUGGUUGAACCACUUACGCUGGCUAUUGAGAGUGACCCUCCAGACCUAGAUCUUGCACGAGUUAUUGGAUUUAUGGACAAAGUCAAAAGACAAGGAGCGUUUACAGAGGUUCCUAUCUCUUCAAGCACAAGCUCUUUCAGACAACCAAGUCAAGGUUCUCCUCUACCGCUUUCUAAUGCUGAUACAAAUAGUGAUACUGAUCAUACAAUGCCAUCAACAUCUUAACCCAUGCGUUUACACUAUUUCAGGGAAAUGUAAAUAAAUUUAAG